UCAAGCGUGCGAUUGGUGGCGUCCCUGCUGAGCCGGAUUGGCAGAUCUCGUGUGGGAUGCCGCGGCCCUUGCUGCGGUACACGAAUUCCUGCCAACACCGACAACAUCGAGGUGCGAGAGCAGAUCAUGGUUCAUCUGCGGUCGCGCUUGACUUUGGGUUCUUGGAAGCAUCUGGGACCCUGCUGGUCUUUCCGUCCACCAGAGAUUACUUAUUGCCUCCCAUUCUUCACGGUCACUUCUGCCGCAUUCCUCAUCUUCACGUCGCGAUCUGAUCGUGUCUGCCAUCUUGAGCUUCCGUUCUUUGUACGCCGCCUCAGACGAGCGCGACCGAGCUGCUUCCCAUGCCAAAAAUUCCCAUCGCCAUUCACAUCGGUCAUCUGGCCCCUGUGGCCCGUCCAUCAGUUGGCGGCGAGCCUAGGUAGGGGUAGGGGGGUUACGUGCUCAAUCAACACCUUUCUCGAGUUUUCCCAGCUGCCAGCCGCAAUACGCCUGCAAAUAUGGGGAGUACGCGUGGCCGAAACCUCGAAUUAUUGAAGUUUUAUACGGCAAACGCCCUAAAG